AUGCCUUUGACUACGUAUUUGGAAGUUGAGUUAUUUGAUGUUUGCGGCAUUGAUUUUAUGGGACCAUUUCCUAGUUCAUAUAAUAAUAAGUAUAUCCUUUUAGCAGUUGAUUAUGUCUCUAAAUGGGUAGAGGCCAUUUCUUCACAAACUAAUGAUGCUAAAGUUGUGCUUAAGUUCCUUAAACGGAACAUAUUUUGCAGGCAUAAAAAGUCACUCCCUUAUCAUCCUCAAGCCAAUGGUCAAGCAGAGUUGGCCAACCGAGAAAUUAAAAGCAUUUUGGAGAAAACGGUCAAUCGAUCGAGAAAGAAUUGGUCGAACAAGCUUGGAGAUGCUUUGUGGACAUAUAGAACGGCGUUUAAAACACUAUUGGGAAUGUCUCCAUAUAAGCUUGUUUAUGGAAAAUCGUAUCAUUUACCUAUAGAAAUAGAACAUAAACCUUAUUGGACAGUUAAAACUAUUAAUUUUGAUUUUAAAUCUGCAGGUGAAAAGAGAAUUCUUGAGUUAAGCGAAUUGGAGGAAUUGCGGUUAACGUCGUAUGAGAAUGCUAAGAUUUACAAAGAAAAAGUGAAAUUUUGGCAUGAUAAACACAUUCUUCCUAACCAUUUUGAAGAAGGGCAAAAGGUGUUAUUGUUUAACUCAAGCCUUAAAUUAUUCCCUGGAAAGCUUAAAUCUCGAUGGUCCGGGCCAUUUGAAGCGGUUCGCAUGUUUCCUUAUGGAGCAGUGAAAAUGAAAGGAGAAAAUGGUGCCCCAUUCAAAGUAAAUGGUCAAAAAUUGAAACUCUAUUUGGUCGGAGAAAAGGUUCCUAAAGGAGUAAUUUACUCCUUAGGAAAUGCAAUGGAGAGUUAA